CAGUGCAACAAGAUCGAUGCGUUGGACACGUUCCAUCGUCAGGUUUUCGAAGAGCCGACAAAGAUCGGCAUUAUUGGGUCCGGAUGCUCCGUCUCAACUGAGCCGACGGCUUCGAUUUCCCAUUAUUACAACCUAGUACAGGUAUCAUGCAUUGCGUCUUCCCCGGCGUUCAGAGACAGGCAACUAUUCCCGCGAUAUUUCCAGCUACUGCCGACCGAUGCCAGCCUUGCCAUCACGUACAUGGGUCUCAUAGAGUUUUACCAGUGGAAGAGGGUUGCCAUCAUCGUCCAAAUGGAAAAUCUAUUCACUGUGGCGAUGGACGAACUGAAAGUGCUGCUAAACGACAACUCCAUAGAGUACUCCGAGACAGAGCUGGUCAUCGAUGAAGCCGGAGUCAAUGGAGGCCCGCCAAACUCUACCAUUGUCAACUUAGACAGUGUUUUUGAUGAAAGUUCCAGAAUUUUCAUAAUAUCUACGUACGAGCCACUCGCUAGGGAAAUAAUUUGUGAGGCCUACAGGAAAGGAUAUCGAUAUCCGCGACACCUCUUCUUCAUGAUACCGUGGUACGUCAACGGAUGGUGGCGUUUCGAGGCCGACAGCUAUGGCUGCACGGUGGCAGAGAGAGAAGACACGCUAGAGUACAGUAUGACAGUUAUGAACCUCCCGUUUGCCGCAUACCUCAACAUGUCGACAACCACCGACACGGGUCAUGAAGGCACGGACAAUGGAAGAGGAAUGACGGUUAGAGAAUAUUUUGAUAAGGUGGAGGAAUACCUCGAGAGACCACCGCUCAAUGUGACACUGUACGAUGAUGUCGCCCCAGUUUGCUAUGACGCAAUGUGGACACUGGCACUUGCGCUGAAUAACACCAUCACAGAAUUUGAAACUAACAUCUCUCUGAGUGACCUGGCCUACGAGGCAGGAAACAUGCCGAAUCGCAACGAAACAUUCAGGAUGGAGAAUUUCACCUAUCAAAAUGACGUAGUCAUGGAGACCAUGUUCAAACAUCUCGAGGAUACGGAUUUCUUGGGAGUUUCUGGUGACGUGACUUUCAACGAGGUUGGAAUUCGUAGAGUAACACAAUAUCUCAUCCUACAAUUCAGGAAAAAUUCCUCCAAAAGGAUAGUGAAUGAGGAGAUAGGUGUGUGGAGUACUAACGCAAGUCUGGUCUACACAAAGAACAGCACCGAGGAAACUACCUGGCCCUUUGGCAUACCAUACGACGGUGUGAGUGUGGUCAUAGUAAUAAACACAGUCCACGCAAGUCUCACGUCCAUAAUGAUCAUCUUCUCGACUGUCGGAAUCCUGUUCUCCGUCGCCUGUCUCGUCUUCAACUUCUACUUCAGAAACCAGACACUUAUUCGUCUAUCAAGCCCAAACCUCAACUACCUAAUCGGCUCGGGGGCAAUCCUUCUCUACCUCGCCAUUAUUGUCACCGUUCUACCGGCCGAUACGGCCGUCUUUUCAAGCGUUGUUUGCAAUCUUCGAGUGUGGUUGACUGGCUUCGGAUAUUCGCUCUGUUACGGAACGAUUCUCGUGAAAAUGUGGAGAGUUUAUUACAUAUUCAGUAACCCCUCGACACUUAAGAAAGCGAAUCUUCACGACUGGAUGCUGGCCAUAAUGGUCCUGUGUUUCGUGAUCCUCGACCUCGUCAUGUUGGUCAUCUUCUCGCUCGUCGAAGGACUCCGAGGAAAUCUGAGAGCUGAGAGGGUGCUAGACAAAGAGGCCUCUUCAACUACUACUGGGGAACAAGGACGCAUCAAAGAGUUUUAUGUGUACGUCUGUGAUUCCUUGGCCUGGGACAUCUUUCUUGGAAUCUUCUAUGGUUACAAAGCAUUCUUGCAGAUUUGUGGACUUUUUCUGGCGUUUGCCACCCGUAAAGUUAAGGUGAAGGGACUGGACGAUGCCAAAUGGAUCGCUGGCACUAUUUACAUCACAAGCAUAGUUCUUGCCAUCACUAUACUGGCACUGUACACACUGAAUGACUUUGUCAACCGUCACACUGCAGUCUUUACUGGUGGACUGUUGAUUGGCACCACCUUCAUCAUGGCAUUUGUCUUCGCUUCAAAGAUGUAUGCACUGUAUAAAGACCCUGAGGGGAAGAGUGUUUUUGACAGGACUAGACCAUCUGAUCGUCCACAAGCUAGCAAUCCUUCUGAUGGUGUUGAGCGAGUGGUCGGAUAGGAGGAGAUAGCUAUCGAAUGGAGGAGAAGGUGUACUAUAUAUAACCCUUUAAACUAGUCUCCUGUUUACGUUAACCCUUUAAAUAUCUGCUUUAACCCAUUGAGUACAGAAAAACAAACCUUGUACGUAUGUAUCUUCCUUAACCCUUUGACUUCAAACUAUUUAUGAGCUCGUAUUUUCAAUACCUACACUUUCAAUGUUUUUUUUCUUUUUCCGUUUGAUCUUUGGUAAAUUUCGCAAUGUUUUUAGCAAUGGCAAUGUUUUUUCAACAUAGUAUAUACUCUCUUAAUGCAUGGACUGUAUCAUGUCUGUGUUUCCUUUUAACUUUGUGCAGGAAAAGAUGUAGUUAAAAACAAGAUGAAAGGAGACAUGGCUGAAUGUUGAAUGUGAUGUAUCACAUUUUUACACUUUUGAACUUUUAAAAAUAAUGUAAGGCAUCAUCACUGACUGAGUCCAUGUUUGUAUUGUACAUUACAUCACCAGUUCAUGCAAUCGAAAAGGGUCGGAAUUUGGCCAUGUGCUGCUUACACAUACACCUAUCCAUAAGUUUUAAAUUCUCUGCUGCUUUAUCCAUGUUCACGCACAGUAUAGUAGGCGCAGAGACGUAAUGAGUUUU